AUGAAGUUUUGUGCGGUAACCCUGUUCAUCCUCCUUCAGGGACUUGCCCAAGCCCAGCCUGCACCGCCAUCACAGUGCACUUUUUCCUGUCCAGCGAUCAGCGAUGCGUCGACCAUUUGCGCCAUCAGCGUCGCUGACCUCAGCGUGAUGCGGCAGUUUACCGCCAACUGCAGCAUGAUUGCGUACAAUUGCGUCAACCCGGAGAAUAGAUUCCGAUUCGAGCACAAUGGUAAAUGUCAGGAUGUAAUGGGGAGCGGCAGUUAA